GAGGAAAUCCGCUUCUUCCUAGCAACCGGCCUGGCGGCAGCGCGGCCACCAAACUGAGGAGGCGGAGCCGAGACGAGUCGGUACUGCGCUCUGACUCCUAGACCAGGUGUAAGUUUUUGAAAUUGAAGUAGGUCUACACAGUAGGAACCCAUGUCUUUUCUUGUAAGUAAACCAGAGCGGAUUAGGCGGUGGGUCUCGGAAAAGUUCAUUGUUGAGGGCUUAAGAGAUUUGGAACUAUUUGGAGAGCAGCCUCCGGGUGACACUCGGAGAAAAGCCAAUGAGGCGAGCUCGGAGUCCAUAGCAUCCCUCUCUAAACCGGAGAACAUGGGCAGCUUUCUGCCAGAGGGCGGGUGUUAUGAGCUGCUCACCAUCAUAGGUAAAGGAUUUGAGGACUUAAUGACAGUGAAUUUAGCCAGAUACAAACCAACAGGAGAAUAUGUGACAGUACGAAGGAUCAACCUAGAAGCUUGUUCCAAUGAGAUGGUGACAUUCUUGCAGGGGGAGCUUCAUGUCUCUAAACUCUUCAGCCAUCCCAAUAUAGUGCCAUAUCGAGCCACCUUCAUCUCAGACAAUGAGCUGUGGGUCGUCACAUCAUUCAUGGCAUAUGGUUCUGCAAAGGAUCUCAUUGGCACACACUUCAUGGACGGCAUGAAUGAACUGGCGAUUGCAUACAUCCUGCAGGGGGUGCUGAAGGCCUUGGACUACAUCCACCACAUGGGCUAUGUGCACAGGAGUGUCAAGGCCAGCCACAUUCUGAUUUCUACGGAUGGGAAGGUCUACCUGUCCGGUCUACGCAGCAACCUCAGCAUGAUCAGCCAUGGGCAGCGGCAGCGUGCAGUCCAUGAUUUUCCAAAAUACAGUGUCAAGGUCCUGCCGUGGCUCAGCCCAGAAGUUCUCCAGCAGAAUCUUCAGGGUUAUGAUGCCAAGUCUGAUAUCUACAGUGUGGGGAUCACAGCGUGUGAACUAGCUAAUGGCCAUGUCCCCUUCAAGGAUAUGCCUGCCACUCAGAUGCUGCUAGAGAAGCUGAAUGGCACAGUGCCCUGCCUCCUGGACACCAGCACCAUCCCAGCCGAGGAGCUGACCAUGAGCCCCUCACGUUCCAUUGCCAACCCUUGCCUGAACGACAGCCUGGCCACUAGCAGCCUCCGGCCUUCCAACGGUGACUCGCCUUCCCACCCGUACCACCGAACCUUCUCCCCCCACUUCCACCACUUUGUGGAGCAGUGCCUUCAGCGCAGCCCUGACGCAAGGCCGAACGCCAGCACCCUCCUGAACCACUCCUUCUUCAAGCAGAUCAAGCGACGUGCCUCCGAGGCCUUGCCCGAAUUGCUUCGCCCUGUCACCCCUAUCACCAACUUUGAGGGCAGCCAGACUCAGGAUCACAGUGAACUCUUUGGCCUGGUGACAAACCUGGAAGACCUGGAGGUGGAUGACUGGGAGUUCUGAGCCAAUGCAGCCUGCAUCCUCCAGUGGGGUGGGGUGUGAGCCCCGGGGGCCCUUCCUGAGGAUCAGCACCUACCUCUAGGUGCAGACUGGGUAGAAAGGACAUUAUGCUGGCAGAGCUGGCUGCCAGCUGCUUGAAAGGACAUUCUGAAGAGACUUCACUGUUUUUGUGGCUUUUGAAAAGACACAGGGAGUCCCAGUCACCAGGGACUUGGAGAGACCCGGAAGCUGACAUCCUGUUCUGUGAGCUUGGGGCCUCUGUAGAAGGAAGAGACACUGCUGUAGCCCCGAGGCUGAAGUCCAAGCCCAGAGCUUAACUCACGACCCAGGGACCCUGUACUUCCUCUUCCCCGCACUCUCUCCUCCCAGGCUGUUGCACUCAUGUUCUGUGCUCCCAGAUCCUGUGGGGCUAAAUGGGGGACAAGUCCUAAGCAUCCUGCCCCUGCCCUGCCCUCAGGCGUCUCCCCAGUUUUCUGUCUUUAAGCACCAGGGCCGGGUCAUCCUCAUCCCCACCUCUCUCUUGGGCCCUGACACCUGAAACCUCUUAGCUCGGCUGCCUGUUACACUCCUUCCCAAGAAUCCGCCAAUGCCCCUGCCAGCUGCUGCCUUGGUGCCUCCUUCAAGGGCCAUAAAUGUCUUGCCUCGUCUGAGGGCUUGAGUAA